ACUCGUGGUGUGACCUGAGCCGUCCCCUUAAGGCUUUUCUUUUCCCGCAGCCUGGGUACCCCCAUCCUCUGUGGCACCCCACAUCUCCCUCCCCUACCCCGGGGCCCUUUUCCUGCAUUUCCUCAGUGGUGCGUGCAUUCGGGGGACUUUCUAUUUGUUUCCUUCUCUUUCCUCUUUGUUGCUCUCACACACCGGCCGGCCUCCCCCCAGAAGCCCCUGCACUCCGAAGGGAGCUCGACGCCCGGAGACGGGCGGCUGCUGCGGGCUGCACCGGCCCCACCUGCGGAUCCGCCAGCCGGGGCGCUCGCCCGCCCGCCCGCCCGCCUCUCCCGCCGCCCGCGUCCGUCCGCCGGGGAAGCCGCCACGCGUUCAUUGAUGCACCCAUUCCAGUGGUGUAACGGGUGUUUCUGUGGCCUGGGACUGGUCAGUACUAACAAGUCCUGCUCAAUGCCACCCAUCAGUUUCCAGGACCUUCCUCUGAACAUCUACAUGGUCAUCUUCGGUACAGGCAUCUUUGUCUUCAUGCUUAGCCUCAUCUUCUGCUGUUACUUCAUCAGCAAACUGCGGAACCAGGCGCAGAGCGAACGAUACGGAUAUAAGGAGGUGGUACUUAAAGGGGAGGCCAAGAAGUCACAAUUAUAUGGGAUGUUUCCCAAGCCCUCUUCUAGAAGAGUAAUUCCGUUGAGAUUGAGGGGAUUCAUAUACAUGAACAGAAGGCUGGAUUUAAAGAAGCAGACCUGUGCAGUCUGUCUGGAAGACUUCAAGGGGAAGGAUGAGCUCGGUGUGCUCCCGUGCCAACAUGCUUUUCAUCGGAAGUGUCUGGUGAAGUGGCUAGAAGUACGCUGCGUAUGCCCCAUGUGCAACAAGCCCAUCGCCGGCCCCUCCGAGGCCACUCAGAGCAUUGGAAUCCUGCUGGAUGAGCUGGUGUGAGGGCUGCCUUUACAUCAGGCUGAGAGAAGACAUCUUGCCUCAUGGAUGCCUGGUCCCUCUGCAAAGCUGCAAUGAACAAGACUGUUGGGUGAUAAUGGUCGUGCCUACCUGAAGGGGAGGUAGUACAGGAGUGGUCUCCCACCAUUACUGAGAGGCCAGACUUGCCCCUCCUUCCUGCCUCCUGAGGUCUUCUUCCCUGUUAACUCAGUACUGAAAGCAUUGCCCAUCAAGACCAAUGUGUCCUGGUACUGGAUGAUUUCCCUGCCUGUCCCUGCUCUGGGGGAAGAAUCACCCUUGGAGCACACAGUAGAGAUAGAGACCAUAUGACCACAAAGCCUAGAAGAAGGGAUGAGAUGGGCUCUGUCUUCCCCUGCCUCCCAUUCCUUCCAUCAGAAGGUUAGUAGGGAAGAAAGGAAGAAAAGACCAAGGAACCAAGUACCUCCAGUGGAAGUGAGGGAGGCUCUGUAGGAAAUUAGGAAGAGCAAGGACAUAAAGAAGCAAAGUCAAUGUUUACAUGGGACCUAUGGAAACAAAGGCUGGCUGGCCAGCCUGACUACAGGGUAAGGAGGGCCCUCCCUCCCCCUGCUAGGGUCUGAGGUGCUAUCCAUUCGCUCUCUUCCUCUGUCGAUCUCGGAGCUUCCUAGUCCACGUCGGAGUCAGAGUGCCCCUCCAGAGGAAGGGCUUGCUCUACACUCACAUGGAUUUCCAGGGGCUUUUUCUAAAAGAGCAAAAGGGGCCUGGGGAAGGGGGUGUCUGAAGGUGAAGAUAGCGACACCUUCUUCCCCCUUGUAAAUAGUAUUUUUGUACUUCAUCCUCACCAUCUCAGGGUUUAUAUAUGGAAUGGAGGGGGUGGGGGUUUCCGUUCCUCCCCAGAGUGGGUGAGGGUGGGAGAAGGUGUGUAUUUAAAGAAAUUAAAUUUAAUAACAAGUUUCUCUAGCCUUCUGCCUGUGGUUGUGGCCUGUGUCUGUUGGCUCUUUUCCACCACCAAGGAACAAAACUCCUUGUAACUGCUGCUUCUCACUUCCCCACAUUCAAAUCAAACACACACACAGUUUCCUAACCCUUAAAAAGAAAGAUUGGUGAUAGAUGUACCGCCUGUACAGCACAGGUUGGGACUAAUGUCAACGUA